AGAAAGCUUAUCGCAAAUGAAAAUGGUUGGAACCAUUUUUUCGCCUAAGGCUCCGCUUGGAUUAGUCUCAUGGCGGGCAAGCUCAUGUCAAAGUCAGACACAGUACCGCACUACCGCUCGGUGCCAGUUGUCAGUUAUACCGCAGUACCCAGCACCAGAGCUUCUUCUGGCUAAUCGCUGCCCCAAAAGCUUGGAGGAAUUGCAGGAAGCGACCCGAAAGGAAUUGCUAACGACAGGUAAUCCAACGGCUUCAAUGAAGUUGAUCGAUUCAAUUCAACGACUAGGAAUUGGGUAUCAUUUCGAAGAAGAAAUAAGUAUGUUGCUUGAAAGAAUCUUAGAAUGGAAUAUUAACGGACAUGAUCUCCUUACCUCUGCGCUUCGCUUUCGAUUGCUUAGGCAUAAUGGACUUCCAGUUUACUCAGAUGUUUUUAGAAAAUUCAUGAACAAGAAUGGGAAAUUCAAGGAGUCAUUAAGCAAAGACACAAUGGGUUUGUUGAGUUUACACGAGGCAUCUUACUUGGGCUCAAAAGAUGAAGCUGAAUUAGUGCACGCCAUGGAAUUUACAAGAAACUACUUGCAGGGAUAUAUAGCACAGAAUAAGAAAAUUGGCCAAGCGUUGGAGCUUCCAAGGCACUUGAGAAUGACAAGGUUGGAAGCUAGAAACUAUAUUGACGAAUAUAGCUUGCAAACCAACCACAGCCAAACUCUAUUUCAAUUGGCUAAGUUAGAUUAUAAUGCUGUUCAAUCACUACACCAGAAAGAGUUGGUUGAGAUAGUCAGGUGGUGGAAAGAGUUGGGUCUAGUAGAAAAACUUGGGUUUGCCAGAGAUCGACCAUUGGAGUGCUACCUGUGGACUGUAGGGAUAUUUCCUCAGCCAUAUGAUUCUAAUAGCCGUAUCCAAUUAACAAAGACCGUAGCCAUCUUACUAGUUAUUGAUGACAUUUUCGAUACUUACGGUUCAUUUUCUGAUCUGAUUCUCUUUACAGAUGCAGUUAGAAGGUGGGAUCUUAGCGCAAUAGAAUCACUUCCUGAAUAUAUGAAGAUCUGUUACAUGGCAUUGUACAAUACUACCAAUGAUAUUGCAUAUAUGGUUCUUAAACAAAAUGGAUGGAGCAUUGUCCCACACCUAAAGAGAACGUGGAUAGACAUGUUUGAAGCUUUCCUUACUGAAGCCAAAUGGUUCAAAAAUGGCUAUGUACCUACCUUAGAGGAAUAUCUAGUUAACGGGGUAACAACAGGAGGCACCUACAUGGCACUGGUUCAUUCCUUUUUCCUCCUGGGGCAAGGUGUUACAAAAGAGACUAUAACAAUGUUGGAACCCUAUCCUGACCUAUUCACUUCCGCUGGGAAAAUCCUUCGGCUUUGGGAUGAUUUGGGAACAUCAAGGGAAGAGCAAGAAAGAGGAGAUGUUGCAUCUAGCAUAGAAUGUUUUAUGAAAGAGAAGGCAAUUUCAUGUGAGGGCGAAGGAAGGAAAGAAGUCAGGCAACUCAUUCGCAACUUAUGGGUAGAACUCAAUGGUGAGUUGAUAGCUCCAAGUAGAAUGCCUCUUUCAACUAUUAAUGCUUCAUUUAAUCUAGCAAGAACUGCCCAAAUUGUCUAUCAACAUGGAGAUGAUAUGAAGGGGUUAAGUGUUGAUGAUCAAGUGCAAGCAUUGCUUUAUCAGCCAAUCUGAUUGGAUGAUCUAGCAAGAUAUAUUGUUAAUAAUGAUUUAAACUGUAAA